CUACGUGGUGUUUUGGGAAACGUGUGUGACGUCUACAGCCGUUAUUUUGUACAAUGCAUCGUCAUCGGGAAAUCUUGCCUGGAUGGUUCGUAUAAAUCUACAAAUCUCCUGUCCCCAGAUCCUACAAUCUGUCCAAUAUUAAAAUAUUAUUGGAACUGUAUAUCCCCAAUAAAUUACCUACAGUACCACGCACAGAAAAGUACAAAUAACUCACCCUCCCCAUACGGUGUGAUUCAGCCAUGUUCAACGCACGCAAGUUUCAUAUGAACGGAACGCCCCCAUACCGCAUCUCUAUCAAAUUUGACAUCGAUUUAACUUGGGAGUACAUGUCUUCAUGAGAUGCUAUACGGGCGAAUACAACUUUAAUAUACCUUGACAUUGGAAAUUAAACUUUAAUGUGCCGAAUAUGCGUUCAUAGGCUUCACGCAAUACCAAAUAAUGAGCGAGGAUAUCCAUUCAGUAAUAUAUCUGAAAAUGAAUCUGAUUAUUCGUAUGUUUAUACUUUUCAUCGCUUCACCGGUCGAUACAACUGAUAACAUCGACGUUUGCCCAACUUUUUGCGACUGCACCAAAUGGGACAUUACGAAAACAGUGUCAUGCUUCGAAAUUGACGUCCUACCUGCAUUCCAUCCCAGCACUAAAGAGUUGUGGCUUGUGGAGACAAGACUGACCUCCAUAUCUCAGGAUGCCUUCGCCAACUUGAUCAACAUCUCUCACAUUUACAUCUCAGAUGAUGAAAGUCUGACGAGUCUGGAGAGACAUUCCUUUCACAAGCUGCCCAAGGCUAUCCACAUAGAAAUAAGGAGUAUCAGGAGCCUGUCUUACAUUGACCCAGAGGCAUUCAAGGACCUCACAAACUUAAAGUACCUGGGUAUCUUCAACACUGGCCUGCCCUCCUUCCCUGCUCUGGGCCAGAUCCGUUCCAGCCAGGACGACUUCAUCUUGGAAAUUGUGGAUAACCUCUUCAUCAGAGAAAUUCCUGCCAACUCAUUCAAUGGGAUCUCAGAGAAUGAAAUCACCCUGAUGCUGAACAGCAACGGUCUGACGGACAUCCAACCCUACGCCUUCAAUGGAACCAGACUGGAGGAAGUGUACCUCUAUAGGAAUGUGGAUCUGGUGCGGUUGGACGAGAGGACAUUUUCUGGCGUGAUCAGCGGGCCAACUCUUCUAGACGUUUCCGAAUCGAGAGUGAACUCCUUACCCACAAUGGGUCUGGAGGCUGUUCAGAAACUGAAAGCUAAAAACACUUGGGCCCUCAAGAAACUACCCCCCCUGAGGGCCUUCCAGCAUCUGCAGAGUGCUGAGCUCACCUACCCCAGUCACUGCUGUGGACUGAGCAAAGUGAAGAGGAGGAGAGGACACGUGGAGUCCGUCAUUUGCAACCUGACCAGAUCUACAAGACGACAGCGAUCAACUAGGCCCUCUGGAUCCCCCUCUGAGGCCUACGAGGGGCAGCACCCCCAGCACCCUCAUCCCACCUGCAGCAACCCCUCCCCCCGAGACCCCCAGCACCUCCAUCCCACCAGAAGCAGCCCCUCCCACCGAGACCCCCAGCACCUCCAUCCCACCAGAAGCAGCCCCUCCCCCCGAGACCCCCAGCACCAUCAUUCCACCAGAAUCAGCCCCUCCCAUCGAGACCCCCAGCACCUUCAUCCCACCAGCAGCAACCUCUCCCCCCGAGACCCCCAGCACCAUCAUCCCACCAGCAGCAGCCCCUUCCCCUACGACUACCAAUACUACUACGAUAACUACAGCUGUCCCCCCUCCGGUGAGUGCUUCUACAUAGUAUUCCCUACGGAGGGCCCAGACGAAGGCUUUGACUACACCCUGUGCGAUGACGACAGAGAAGACCAGGGUGUCCCCUGCACCCCUCUGCCCGAUGCCUUCAACCCCUGUGAGGACGUGAUGAGCCUGGGCUUCCUGCGGGUGUCUGUUUGGCUGGUUAGUUUGCUUGCCGUUCUGGCUAACCUCUUGGUCCUGUUCAUCCUGCUGACCAGCCACUACAAACUGACCAUCACCCGCUUCCUCCUGUGCAACCUGGCCAUGGCAGAUCUCUUCAUGGGCGUGUACCUCUUGCUCAUCGCGUCUGUGGACCUCUACACGCGCUCCCAGUACCACCACUAUGCCAUCGACUGGCAGACUGGUGCCGGAUGCCAACUGGCUGGGGUGUUCACAGUGUUCGCCAGCGAGCUGUCGGUCUACACGCUGACUGCCAUUACUCUCCAGCGCUGGCACGCCAUCACCUUCGCCAUGAGGCCCGAGAGGAAAGUGCGACUACGCCACAUAGUGGUGCUAAUGCUAGCCGGAUGGCUGAUGUGCCUGGUGUUAGCUGUGCUACCGCUAGCUGGUGUUAGCAGCUACCAGAGGGUUAGCAUUUGCUUGCCCAUGGACACAGACUCAACCGCGGCCAUGGUCUACGUUGUCACCCUGCUAAUGCUGAACGUGCUCGCAUUCUUGUUGGUGAGCGUGUGCUACGUACACAUCUACUGCAUGGUGCACAACCCACAGCACCCGUCGAGCCGAGGGGACGCCAGCAUGGCCAAACGCAUGGCCGUGCUUAUCUUCACCAAUUUCCUGUGUCUGGCACCCAUUUCCUUCUAUGGCCUGUCUGCUGCGCUGCACCACCCACUCAUCACCGUCACCGACUCCAAGGUGCUGCUGGUGCUAUUUUACCCAUUGAACUCAUGUGCCAACCCCUUCCUGUACGGUAUCCUGACGCGAGCCUUCCACGGGGACGUCUUGAUUCUGCUGAGCCGCUUGGGGCUGUGUCAACGUCAGGCCCAGCUCUUCUGAGGAGCGCAGUCCAACGUGGGCAGCCCCACAGGGGGCAAGAGGCGCCAAGGGGUCCCCCGUCUUGGAGCCCACAUACUCCAGAUCCUGGAGCUCCACAAGAGGCAGAAACCGUCAAGACACCAAGGAGCAGGUCAUCGAACUGGAGGGUCCCAACAUGAUGCCAAGCACCAGGGAGGAAUACAACCACAGCUGAGAGGCUGGAUUUUGUUGGUUUUCCAGUUGAACGGUGGUUCCCGUACCUGUCAGACAGACAAAACCAUGUUUCAGGUCCCAAUUAAGGGCUGGAUUCAAUCCAUAUUGCGGAAGUAUCACGGACGGUCUGCAUUCAAAUGUAAAGGUAAUUUUUGUAUGAGCCGACAUAUGCAGCAUUUAUAGUGAAUGCGGUCUCUGUGAACGCGGGUACAUUGCCUUUAAAUUUUAAUGUGUAUCUUUCGCGAUACUUCCACAAUAUGGAUUGAAUUGAGCCCUUAGUCUUUAUCCGUGAUCUAAGCUUGAAUGGUCAUGAUGACCAACCAGGAAUUGUAAAUUGAGGAAUUGGACAUGGAAUGGAAAUGCCCCUUUAAUUUAAAUAUUGUGUAUGUUUUUAAA